AUGUUGAGGGAUCCUGCGGAAGAGACCAUCGAGCAGAGACCCAGCUUGGCACAGAGCAUCAAGAUUCUGUUGUCUAGGAAGGUCCAUGCGAGCAACAAGAGUCAUCCGAUGCGUGCCAUCGCCGAGCAAUCUUGA